AUGCCCACCUACCUCACCCGCGAGAACUCUCCCAUCUACUCGUCAAACGCCGAUAUCCUCAACCUCGACCCAAACAAUACGCUGGACUUCUCUGGCCACAAGCAUCCCAUUAAUGGGCUCACACACACCCUGCCGCUCCGUCAUUCACGCUCAAACAACCUCCAUGACAGCUUCGACGAAAGCUCCACCUCGUCAACACACGCCUCGGACGUCUCUGAUUCCAUCCCCACUCAGAUGAAUGGGACGAGGCCGACGAGCAUGAGCUCGUUGCCCAACGGCUCGGCAGGGGCCGGAGGCGGCGCAGAUUUUGGUGAUCACGACCACGACCACGACCACGACCAAGAUAGUCAUGGCGAUCACCACAACGACUACAGGAAUCGCAAGUACCCCUUCCAGAAUGGUGCCACCGUGUCGAUGCCCGAUCGGACCGCGCCGCCUCCACCCAUCACCGUUGUGAGAAAGCACGCCUCCGAUACCGAGCAAUCGAGCCCGACGGACAACUACCUGACGCCGCCCACCAUCGGCUCGCCCGCCGCCGGUUCCAUCGAUCACACUAUCAAGACCAAUGGCACCAGCAGUCCAAACUAUGCACCCCCGGCGAUACCCUCCAACGGCUACACAACACCCGCCCCCGCUGUAAGCACUACAUCGCUAUCGCCAGACCCAAACGCCCACAAGCAGCCGUCGUCGCCCCACCGCUUCUCCUCUCCGCCACUGUACAACUCGGCCGGUGCUACUCCCAACGCGUCGACCUCGACGGGUCUGCAACCGCCCAACGGAGGACUCAAGCACCGACACACGCUCGAGGUCCCCGGUACGCAAUCCAACCGGGCUUCCAAGGAUGGGUCCGAUGCCGCCUUCUCGAGCGGGCGCUUCUCCCCGACGAGCACCACGCAAAGAGUGCGUAGGGCGUCUCUGAACCUGGUGCGGAGAGACACUCGCUCCAUGCAGUCGGAUGCUCCGCGUGACGAGGUCGUCCCCGACGAGGACGCCCUGCGUUGGGCUGAGCAUUACCGUCAAAAGCGGGCAAGUAAGAGAAAGAGGAGGGAGGAGGAGGACGACGAUCGCGUGAUAGUGGGCACCAAGGUCGACGAACACCACGCCAACUGGGUCACCGCCUACAAUAUGCUGACGGGUAUCCGCGUCUCUGUGUCCCGCACCAACGCGAAGCUCGACCGGCCCCUCACCGAUGCCGACUUCGAGGCGAAGCAAAAGUCGACUUUUGACAUUGCCGGCAAUGAGUUGGUGCCCUCGGCAAAGUACGAUUUCAAGUUUAAGGAUUAUGCGCCCUGGGUAUUCCGGCAUCUGCGCAAUCGGUUUCGCCUCGACCCCGCCGACUACCUCAUGUCGUUGACUGGAAAGUACAUACUCUCCGAGUUGGGCUCUCCGGGAAAGAGCGGCAGCUUCUUCUACUACUCCAGAGACUACAAGUACAUCAUCAAGACGAUCCAUCAUGCCGAGCACAAGUUUCUGCGCAAGAUCCUCAAGGAUUACUACCACCACGUCACUGAGAACCCCAACACGCUGCUCUCUCAGUUCUAUGGCCUCCACCGCGUCAAGAUGCCCUACGGGAAGAAGAUUCACUUUGUCGUCAUGAACAACCUCUUUCCUCCCCAUCGGGACAUCCAUACCACAUUCGAUUUGAAGGGGUCUACGAUUGGUCGCGACUAUAAGGAAGACGACCUCGAUAAAAACCCGCGGGCGACGCUGAAGGACCUCAACUGGAUGCGACGCCAACGACACCUUGAGCUGGGCAUUCAGAAGAAGAAGCUCUUCCUGGAACAGCUGCAAAAAGACGUGGUGUUGAUGAAGAAGCUCAAGAUCAUGGACUACUCCCUAUUGAUUGGCAUCCAUGAUUUGCAGCGCGGCAACGAGGAAAAUCUCCGUGGAAAGACACUCCAGGUCUUCAGUCCCGGCGGGGAUAACAUCCAGGAGGACGGCGACCCGCCUUCGGUGCUCCUACGGACCCCCUCCAAGCUGGAGAAUGCUCGCAAGGCGAGGGAGCUGAGGAAUAUGAUCAGGCACGAACGGCCCGUGCCCAUGGGCCAGACGGCGACACAAAUGCCCGACGAGCUGGAUGAGGGCCAUGCCAGGUCGGGAUAUGUCUUCAACCAGGACGACGGCGGGUUCCAGGCGACCCACGAGGACAACUCGCCUGCCGACGAAAUUUACUACCUUGGCGUCAUCGAUUGCCUGACCCAUUAUGGAAUGAUCAAGAAGAUUGAGCACUUCUGGAAGGGUCUGACAAGCGACAAGACAAAGAUUUCCGCGCUUCCGCCCGAACAGUACGGUGACCGGUUCUUCAACUUCGUCGAGGGCAUCACCAUGUCCCCUGAGGAGGCGAUACGAGAGAAGCAGCGAAAGGACCAGGAGCAAAUCGAGGCCGCCGCCGCCGCUGAGAGACAACGCGUGGCUAGCUGGAGUUCAAGCAUGCGCCGUAGGUCGACGACAACCAACAUCCCGCCGAUGCCCAACUACCAGCCACCACCGACUCCACCCGGCGCCCCGAUGUCGCCCGAAGCCCGCGACACGGUUGAACGAGCGCAACAGGAUGCUCGUCGGUCAGAAAGACACGGGGCGUCCGAGGCUACUGUUCCUGAUAUGGUUCUUUCUACGGCCAAAAUGACGGAGCGUCGGGAGUCUGGCGGUCAAGGUGCACCCAUCCUGCCGGUUGUUGAGGAAGCGGCAGAAGCGUCAUCGCUCGGCGGGCGAAGCAGAGGUGGUGGGAGCCGAGACGGUGACGACUUUCGUCCCGCGACGCCAGCGAAACCGGGAAUGGAGAGUAGAUUCGCGGGGCUGAGGGACUACGCGCCGCCCACACCGCCGAAAGGUCACCAUCUCAAGCCCGAGAGCCAGGAUAGCGGUUACGGAGCGCUGCCGAACGGCAACGGCUCCACAGCGAGCAGAGAGGGUUCGAUCAACCUCAAGCCUCGCCUUAGCAGGGACUCGCUGGAUAAGGCCUUGCCGCCGCUCCCUAAAGAGGCAGGUGAGCGCAGCAACCUGCGCGUUGGACUUGUAUAG